AUGAGAAAUUUCUUGUUAGCUAUCUCGGCUUUAAGUAUAGCUAGCGAACUUCUGGCAGCUGAACAUCAAGACGAUUUGAACGAGUCAUUCGGUAAAGGUGAAGUAUGUGUACAUUACGAAAAAGCGCUUCUUGGUUUAUCAUGGAAAGAAUCUGAAGAUCUUGGUAACGCCGUGUCUAGAAAUGAAGAUUCGAUAGAAGAGUAUAAUGCUGAUAAAACUGAAAAGAACGACGAAGAAGUUAAAAAUAGUACAAAACUACAAGAAAAUAACAAAGAUGAUGCUAAACAACUGUUGGCAAACAUUAUAGCGAAUUUUUUAAGGUCAUCUGCCAUAUCAAAAACUUGUUCUGCAUUUCAUUUUACCGUCUAUUCUCAAAUGCUUCUCAGCUAA